CCUAUAAUACCCAAGACGGAGAAGGUGUGGGCUGUCACAGAAGAGGCGGUUGGGGCAGUGGCUUGAGGAGAGGAGAGGGGAGGAGAGAAGAGGAGAGGAGGGCACAGGGGUGACUAGAGUCGUGCAGUAGCUGUCGCUCAGCGUAUGUGCAGUUGUGAUGCUGCACAUGAGCGGUCGUUAGACACACACACACACACACACACACAUAUAUAUAUAAAGGCAGGGCGCAGCAGCUCGCUGUUUGCAAGGAGCUGCCAGACUUGUGGAAGUCCCCGCUCGUCUCCUGCACCUUGUGCCCUCUGCUCCUGCCCCCCUGCCCGGCUUGCACCGUCUGAUUCCGCACAAAUGAUGAACUUUCUGCGCCGAAGGCUCUCCGACAGCAGCUUCAUCGCCAACCUGCCCAAUGGAUACAUGACCGACCUGCAGCGGCCGGAGCCCCCGCAGCCCCCUCCGCCCGUGUCCCCGGUCCCCGACAGGAGGCAGGCGCCCCAGUCCGCUGGAAGCAGCUUCUUCACUUCCAUCUCCAACGCUGUCAAGCAGACCACCGCGGCCGCCGCGGCCGGAUUAGCCGAGCAGACGUCCACCGGCGCUGCCAAGAAAGCCAAGAUCCUGCUCAUCGUUGACGAGCCUCACACUGACUGGGCAAAGCUGUUCCGAGGAAAAAAGAUCCAUGGGGAUUAUGAUAUCAGAGUGGAACAGGCAGAAUUUGCAGAGAUUAAUCUCAUCGCUCAAGCCGAUGGUACCUGUAUGGUCGACAUGCAAGUCUUUCGAAACAGCACGAAAGUUGUCAGAUCUUUCAAGCCUGACUUUAUCAUUGUGCGACAACAUCCAUACAGCAUGGCAGAGAAUGAAGAUUUCCGUAAUAUUAUUAUAGGACUUCAGUAUGGAAGUCUACCAAGUGUGAAUUCACUAGAAUCCAUCUACAACUUCUGCGACAAGCCAUGGGUGUUUGCUCAAAUGGCGAGCAUCUACAAAAGGCUGGGUCCAGAGAAAUUUCCUCUGAUUGAACAGAUCUAUUAUCCAAAUCAUAAGGAAAUGAUAACCAUGCCAACAUUCCCUGUUGUUGUGAAGAUUGGACACGCUCAUUCAGGCAUGGGAAAGGUGAAAGUGGAAAAUCAUUACGAUUUUCAGGACAUUGCAAGUGUGGUAGCCUUGGCCAACACCUACGCCACGACAGAACCUUUCAUAGACUCCAAAUAUGAUAUCAGGAUUCAAAAAAUAGGCAAUAAUUACAAGGCUUACAUGAGAACAUCAAUAUCUGGAAACUGGAAAACUAACACUGGGUCAGCCAUGCUUGAACAGAUUGCAAUGACAGAAAGGUACAGGCUUUGGGUCGAUGUCUGUUCCGAAAUGUUUGGAGGUUUGGACAUCUGUGCUGUGAAGGCUGUCCAUGGAAAGGAUGGAAAGGAUUAUAUUAUUGAGGUCAUGGACUGCACUAUGCCAUUGAUUGGAGAACACCAAGCUGAAGACCGAGAACUUCUAACUGAACUGGUUUUAGUCAAGAUGAACCUACUAAUACCAAGAACACCUAUUCCAUCACCUCAGAGACCGACUGCCACACAGCAACCACAGGGUGGAAGUUUGAAGGAGGCACAGACUCAGCCAGGCUCAUUUCCACAACAGCGGCCUCCACCACAAGGGGGCUCAACACAACCCCAAGGACCACCUGCACAGAGCCAAGAUCAACACAGUGCUUCUCACGAGGGGCCACGUCUGCAAGGAGGCCCCCCACCUCAACUGCAGAGGCAGCCGAGCCAAGCGACACAUCAACAGCCUGCUUUGCAACCCCAGAGACCACAAAGUCAACCAAUAAAGAGGCAACCGGAGCAAAAGAUGCAAGCACAGCCUCCAAUAAAAUCUCAGCCGAAACCACCGAAGCAACAGUCACAGCCCCAUCCCCAGUUAAACAAAUCACAGUCUUUGACCAACGCAUUCAACUUUACAGAAUCAUCACUAUUUCGAUCAAAUUUAAAUGAAGAUGAAGCAAAGGCUGAAACAAUCCGUAACUUAAGGAAGUCCUUUGCCAGUUUAUUUUCUGAUUAGUCAACACUAAAUGCCGUGAUACCUUGGAUAACCCCACUUAAAUAUUACACUAAGCUGCAGCGUACUAACCUCAGUGACUUUAGAUUAAAGAAAAAAUGUUGUGCCCUAGAGUUGAAUUCUUCUUUUGUGCCGUUUGGGUGUAUAUUUUCAUUUGUACAAAGUAAGAUGUGAAAAUAUGAGCUGUUUUAGAUCAGUUAGCUACAAGAAAAAAAUUGCUAGACAAAUCACACUCCAUUUAAGUCAGUACUAGUGUGGCUGCUGAGUGGUUUCAACAGGGGAAAUAAACUUAUCUUUAGCAUAUUCACUGUGAUGUUGUGAUAUGUGCACACAGAUGCCUUAUAGUAAAUGUACAUUUCUACAGUUUAUUUUGUCGUGAAGUUUGAUAGUAUGAUGGUCAAUUAAAGUGUGCUUCUUUCUGUUCACUUCCGUGGUAAGAUGCAAUCAUAGUUAACAGACUGCUUUUGUGAUUACCUAUACUAUGCUGUGACAAGUUGGAUACAGUAUAUAUGUUGUGGCUAAUCUACAAGUUGCUUUCAAACUGGUGAAGCGUAACAGAAGUGUACAACGGUAUUAUGUGUGUAUCAACUGAAAUCCUCGUGUAUCAUAAGGGAUUAAUAAAAAUUGAAUUCCUCAUGCA